CAUUUGGAUUUCGAUUGUGAAUCUGAAAUGAUAUGAAAGACUGUGAACGUUAUUCGAAGAGUAGUCGUUCUUGGAGUAAUUUUACAGUUGAGGAAAAGAAAAAUAUGGAAAAAUGGUCGGAUGAGGAAAUGGACGACGCUAUAGAUGGAAUUCUUCAAGUAGUUCCCUCUGAAGACGCCACACCUCAGGAAAAUACAAAAGAAGAAGAGCAAGCCCGUAAAGGUAGAAGGGCAAAGGCAAAUGUAUUAGAUGGCCCUGCGGAAGAGCCAGACGCACCAGCAGAUGAUGUUCCACUUUCAACAGAUAUGCAUGAAGUAACGGAAGAGAGAGUAUCCAGUGGGAAAAAAGAAAAAAAAGGUCGCCGAAGAAUGAGCGGAUGGGGUGAUACAACAAACAAGGGAUUUGACGAUGAUGAAAGAUUUAAGAAAACUCAUACACCACCGCCCGAAAAUGAUGAGUCGGAUAACGAUAUUCCUGUCAUACCGGAUUUAGAAGAUUCUAACAUAGGUGAUGACUCUGGUGGACCGCAGAUAGCGAUGGCUCCAAACGUUGCAGUUAAUAGAGUAGCCACAUAUAGGGAAUUGGAUAAUGAUUUACUUAAACACGCAGCUUUUCUAACUUUGGAUAAUGAAAUUGAUUUGAAAUUACUUGCAAAAUGUCUCUCCUCCGAAUCUGAAAUAACUGAGGACCAAAAACUUUGGGAGUGGGAUAGAUUAUUUACAGAAGUAACAUCUGAAAUGCUUUCUGAAUGGGAAGAAAAUGAAGAAGUAGCUGCUUCUUAA